GGACUGCGCCGGGGAAGCCGGAGACGCGGGAGGGUCGGGCGAGGCGCGCAGCCGGGCUGGGGUCGCGCCGCUCCCGCGGGGGGCUCGGGGUGGGGGGCGUUGGCGGCCGGAGCCCCCGCCAUGCAGAAAUACGAGAAGCUGGAGAAGAUCGGAGAGGGCACCUACGGAACCGUCUUCAAAGCCAAGAACCGGGAGACCCACGAGAUCGUGGCGCUCAAGCGGGUCCGACUGGAUGACGACGACGAGGGGGUCCCCAGCUCGGCCCUGCGGGAGAUCUGCCUGCUGAAGGAGCUCAAACACAAGAACAUCGUGCGGUUGCACGACGUCCUGCACAGCGACAAGAAGCUGACGCUGGUCUUCGAGUUCUGCGACCAAGACCUGAAGAAAUAUUUCGACAGCUGCAACGGUGACCUGGACGCCGAGAUUGUGAAGUCCUUCAUGUACCAGCUGCUGAAAGGCUUGGGCUUCUGCCACAGCCGUAACGUCCUGCACCGCGACCUGAAGCCUCAGAAUCUGCUCAUCAACCGGAACGGGGAGCUGAAGUUGGCGGACUUCGGACUGGCGCGGGCUUUCGGCAUCCCGGUACGCUGUUAUUCGGCAGAGGUGGUGACCCUCUGGUACCGCCCCCCCGACGUCCUUUUCGGAGCCAAGCUCUACUCCACCUCCAUUGACAUGUGGUCGGCCGGCUGCAUUUUCGCAGAGCUAGCCAACGCAGGACGCCCCCUCUUUCCGGGCAACGACGUGGACGACCAACUGAAGCGCAUCUUCCGGCUGCUGGGCACCCCGACGGAGGAGCAGUGGCCGGGCAUGACGAAGCUCCCCGAUUAUAAGCCCUACCCCAUGUACCCCGCCACAACUUCGCUGGUCAACGUUGUGCCGAAGUUGAACACGACCGGCCGGGACCUUUUGCAGAACCUGUUGAAAUGCAACCCGAUGCAUCGGAUCUCGGCCGAGGACGCCCUGCAGCACCCCUACUUCACGGACUUCUGCCCCCCCUGACGGUCCACUGGACGCAGCGGUGGAGUGCCGGUGGCAGGGGGGGGGUUCCACCUGGCACCUCCCCUCCCUCCCUCCCCCCCCCCUCCCCAACCCUUUUUGGGCCAAAUCCUCCUUCUCCGGGACCAGCAUCCCGAUCUGAGCUGUGAGUUUUGUCGUCGGUGUGACGAUGUGCUGUCGAUUCCAUAAAAGUUGCUGCUUUCUCUCCUCC